UGUAUUUACAUUCAUUAUUUAUAAUCAAGAAAUAAAUCUUAAACAAAAUGUGAAAUUUAAAAUUCAAUAUUGUUAAAUGUUACAUCUUCUUUAAUUUCAUCGUCGUUCACAGACGCCGACGCUUCUGUCAAUGAAGCCGAUGUCGAAGCUGAAGAUGUUUGGUUGUGGUUAUAGUGGUCUUGUCUUCUCAAAUUUUCUACUCUUGCUAAUAAUUCUGUUUUACAAAAUAAACAAAACGCCUUCGCAUCAACACCUGCUAAAGGUUUAAGCCAGGUUUGGAAUUCGUCGAGUGAUUCCCAUUCUUUUCUAUACUUUUGUAUGUUCUUUUUUUUUGAAUAGAAUUUCCAUAAUAACAUAUAAUUGAAUACUCUAAACAUACAGCUUCAGGAGUUCACACACUAUUACAAACGUUUCUAUCAAAUCAAAAUUUUACACUUUUUAACAACACAAUGAACGCGAACCUAAUUCCUGAAACAGAAUGAACGAUUGAAGGAAGCCCUUAACAGACGAACGCGUGCAGGAAUUCCCUUGUAACCAUAAGAGUAACCAUAGAACAUUAUGAAAUUUUGGAAAGUUAGGGGUUUUCUCCCUUUAAAAUAUGUUGCUAGAUUUCAUGUUAAAAACCCACUAAAAAACACUAAAAAAAAUAUACCCGCUAGAUAAUGAAAAUAUACCACUAGAAGCCGUGAAAAAGCACCAGUUAUGGUGGAAAAACCACCAAGGUGGCAACACUGAUUAAAAUACAUACAACCCUAACCCCUUUUCACCCUUCUACCACCAGCCCCUUUGUACGAAGCGGGUCGCUGGGUCAGCUAGUAUAUUAUAAUAAUCAGUCCAAUAAGGAAAAUAAAAUUGCUUUUAACUGAUAUUAUAGGAGUACAUUAAUCUUUCUAUCUACAAAUAUAAAACAAAGUCGUGUUAGUUUAUUUUUAUACCUCAAUAACGGCUGCGCCGAUUUUUAUGUGAUCUGAUUUUUUUGAAUUCGUGUCCGGCCCGAAUAGCAGAACAGCAAAAUUUUUUUUUGUUAAAAUAGAAAUGAAAACGUAAGACACGUUUCAAUACUUGCUGAUAUUUUGGUAUGGAGACAAUGGAUAUAAUUACAACACUGAACUUCAGUAUCAAUAUCAUAGUUUUAAUUUCAUCAUGACAUAAAUUUUACUCCAUUUAGUUUGAGUUUCUAAAAAUAUAGGAACAAUCUCAAUUUCCCGAAAAAUCUUAAUAACCCCUUUUAAAAUUUCUCUGAAACGCCAUUGAAAUUAUUCAAAUUUUAUUAACUUUAUAAUUACAUAUUAUCCUGAUAAACUAUUGAACUUUUUUGUAUUUUCUUUAUUGCGGUUGUAAAGUCAUUAAUUUAAUAAAGCUUAAAAACUUUAAGAUAACCACAUUCAUCGACUGAUUAGGUGGCACGUAGUUCGCCGGGUCAGCUAAUUACUGAUAAAAGAUCUAAUUAAAAUAUCUGAUUGAUAUGAAUUACAAUAAUUUGAUCGAUAUUAUUAACGUAACCAUUUAUACAAUUCUGCUUUGUGCCGUCAUGUCGCACAAAGUCAAAGAAAAGAAAAAGUUAACAAGUUGUCGUAAGAAGGUAUGUAAAAAAAGCACAUUACAUUGACAAUAAAAGAUUUGGAAAGUUCAAAAACUUAAUUAUCCGCGGUGGUUGCUGUAAUUAUGAGCGUGUCUGGAGCGAGCCAAGCGAAACUUUUUAAUUUCCCAAAGAGAUCGAAAAGUUGGGAUUGUUUUCCUCGAUCAAAGUGUUUCGAUGAAGACCCUGGGCGAGGGCGAGGGAGCGGAUAUGGGCGGGGCCUGCGGGGAUCGCAACAGGUCCAUCCCACGCGAUCGAUAGCUCGGAUGCUGGAGCAUGCGCCAUUCCCAUCUCAAUAAGCAAACAGCAUGUGUUAUCUUGUGUUGCUCGCGCUCUCACUGCUCACAGCAGAAGGUGCUAGUGACCUCCUUAGGGAUAGUGUCCACGUGACGUCGGCGGCCGCCAGGCCCAACAAUGAGCUGUGGUGCUACCGGUGCCUGGCAGAGGUUCCGGAGGACAAAUGUGCAGACCUACGCCAGAACAACUCCGCUCUCAUCCACAAGUGCCACAACGACCGGCGGGUGUGCAUGGUAAAGCGUUUCUCGUACACGACGUCCAACGAGAAUUCUACCACAGCCCUCAAGAUGUGGGCUCUUGAGAGGAAUUGCACGAAGCACUGCGAGCCCGGCUGCAUCAUCAUCGGCGAGAGGACUAAACUCCACGCCUGCACUUCUUGUUGUACUACGUCCCUCUGCAACUACGACUCUAGCGCCACCCAGCGGACUUUCACAAUCAUCACAUACGCUGUCUCCAUAGCGCUAGCGUUAAUGUUAUGAUCGUCAUAGACAGUAGGUUAGAAUUAAUUUGGAAUUUGUGAUAAAGGACCAUCUAGUUACGUCACAUACUAAUAAUAUAUCAAUCAAAACAUAGAUUCUAUAGUAAAAGCAGAAAUAAGCAGUCGUAUGAUAUGGCGUAAUUAUGGAUCCCAAGUUAUUAAAUGAUUUCGUCAUAAAACAUGCUUGGCUAAAUUCAGAGUAGAUACCUAUUUCUAGAGAUAAGAAUACAAGUGACAAGUAUUAACUUUUGUUACGAAAGAUUGUAUGGAACAUCAAAAAGUAAAUCAAGAAUAACUUAUUACAGACAAACAUAAAACUAACAAGUAUUGAGAUAAAGAAAUAGUUAGAAAAAAAGAAUAGAUAUCGGCUUAACAGUUUUCUGAAUUUGGUCAUAUUUGUAGGAAUCAUUGAUUACAAUAAUUACUUAGCGGAAAUAGGAAAAUAUUCAAUCUGCGUAAUCUAAUUUAAUAAAUGCCUUUAUUCCAUACCAUAUUACAAUAGAUAAAUGCAACUGUAGCUAGGUAGAUGAAACAUUUUAAUAAUUCUAUUAUAUUAAGCAAUAAGGUAAACUAAAUUAAGCUACGGGAACUUCACGCCCACGAAGAAAAGGAAUUGUUUAUUUCUGUUAUAUCUAGAAGCAGCAUCUAAUAGAACUGAAAGAUUACAUCAGAAAUGAUAUGACAAAAAAUACACCUGUCGCGAAAAUUCCUCGAAAUGACGGUGAAAACGGCAUGAAAAUCCGUUUAUUACCAAAGGAGAUUACUCAGCUUCCAUACAUGUUUGGCCUAAAGACCAAUAAUCAUGAAAAAUUGUUUCCUAGAUUCGAAAUUAUAUAUAAAUUACUGUAGAAACGAAUAUUAUUGACGGACACCCCUGAGAACUUCUAUAAACCAUAUACACUGAACAUAUUAAAAUAAUAAAAAACAAACAAGUUAUAUAAUAAACUAGGGAAAUCAAGCCAAGUACCGAAAUUAUGGAUUAGAUUCAGGUAUAUAGAGCAUGUAGAUUAACAGAUAGUUGUCUGUUUUUAAAGUUAAUGCAUAAGAGUAACUUUUAAAAUCAGGUGUCAUUUCCGGUUAUAAUAAGGUACUCUGUGACAGAAACUGUGUGAUUCACUAUUCUGUGAGUGACAGAACAGUGAAUGAGCCACAGAUUAGAGAGAAUUUUUAAACUCUCGUUAACCAAAGAAAGCUAAGAGAUUUAGAUUCUGUAGCCAUAUAUUCAGUAGCUUCAUUACUUUGGUUAUGUUUUUAAUAUAACCAUAUUUUAGAUUUUUAGUGUAUCACACCUUAUAAUUUUAUUUAUUUAUUAAUUUAUAGUCAGAAAACGUAGGCCCAUGGAUAGAUACCUUAAAGUCUAACAUAUAUACAGAUUAUAAUGUGUUUAUGGAGGCAUUUGGCGAAAAAUGUAUGGCAAUAGACUUUAUGAUGUCGCCUGCCAUCUAUAAAAAUUGUCUGAGCACAUUUGCAUCUAGUGAAAAUGAUAAUAUAGUUGUGGAUAUUAAUACCACAGUGUAAUAAAAAAAUGAUUUUAUUUUAUCGAUCUUUACAAAAUAGAUUUAUUUUUAUGUUAUAUAAACAACUUCGAUCAGUCUUUGGCUGAAUGUUACUACACCCAUAGCCAUUAAAAAUGAUUCGUAUGUUUUCCAAACAGGUAAAAUUAAAAGUCCUUUUUAAAGUAAAUAUAUUAUACAAAGGUGUCCGUUGAAAUCUAAUGACUGUAAAUUAAAUUAUAAAUUAUGCCAAGAAUUACCGUGUAUGUCAAUAUUUUUUGUGCAUUUGGGCCAAUUUGAGCAAUCUCCUUUUGAGAUCUUCGCGAACGUACAGACAUAUUUUGUUUUUAAAAUAAGUACAUACCUUGAAUAAUUAUGUAUAAAAGACAGCGUAAACUACAUUGAAACUGUGCCCUCUAGAUAGCAAAGAAUGUAAUAAAUAAAUGGGAAAGUGAUCUACCCUAGAUCGGAAGUUUAAUUUAUAACAAUAUCUUCCUAAAAUAUCUAUGUAAAUCAAAAGAAAUUUCGAAACAACAAGCCAAGUGCAUGUCGUGCCACGCGCAGUGUAGGGUUCCGUAGUUGUCUGUAGUUACCUACCACAAUAUAUUUGAGCAGGAGUCUUUAUUUUCUAUAUCGGAAAUUAGAAAAAUCAAUUAAUAUUAAUCUAUAUACCUCAACUAAAAUACCUUAAUGAAAGUCAAACUGCGUCACAAUGUCAUUUCGAUAAUAUAUUUUUUUAAAUACAAAUGAUAACCGUCAAUUAUUUUUUUUUGUUUCCUCCCAGGCGAGGGAGCGGAUGUGAAAUCCUCAUAGAUACCCUACAGCCGGCUGCAAGGUUAU